AUGAUGGUACCUCCGCAAAGAAUAAGGCAGUGGUCAACAGGCCAGGACGGGCUGGAUAAGCUGAGACUGGACGAGACUGACUGUCCCACACCGGGGCAAGAUGAGGUCCUCGUCGAGGUCCAUGCUGUUAGUUUGAACUAUAGAGACACAGAGGUCGCAAUGGGCCUUUACAAUCACCACAAAUCCGUCGACCAUCCACCAGCACUGGUCCCUUGCAGCGACAUGUGCGGGGUGGUCGUUGCUGUCGGCCCGUAUUCCAAGAACACCUCGGAUCCUUACAAGAAUCCUGCGUUCCAACUCAAGGAAGGUGAUCGGGUAAUCAGCACCUUUGCUGCCACUCACUUGACGGGUCAGGUGCAAGCUUCAGAUGUUGCAAACGGCCUCGGAGGUCCUGCGCCGGGCGUCUUGACUCAGUACCGCGUCUUUCCCACGUACAACGUCGUCAAGGUCCCCAACUACCUGUCUGCCCAGGAAGCGAGCUGCUUGCCUAUCGCCGCAAUGACUGCCUGGAUGAGCUUGAACUGCAUGCGCGCGCAGGGCGAGAUCAUCGGGCCGAACGAGACCGUGCUCUGCCAAGGGACCGGAGGUGUCAGCAUAGCAGCUCUUCAGAUUGCUGCCGCCGCAGGCGCUUCUGUCGUCAUCACCAGCUCGUCCGACUCGAAGCUCGAGCGCGCACGAAAGCUCGGUGCGAAAACGCUUGUCAAUUACAAUUCGACGCCGGACUGGGAGGCGUUUGUGCUCAAAGCGACUGCCGAUGCCGGCGCCGAUGUUGUCCUUGAGGUGGGCGGCGCCAAGACGCUGCGCAAGUCUUUCGACUGCGUCAAGUUCGGCGGCCUGAUCGCGUGUAUAGGUUACCUCAGCGGAAAGGUAGACGAUGACACGGACCGGACCAACACGAACCUCUUAUGCCUGAAAAGGAAUGUUACGCUCAAAGGUAUCUUGAAUGGGCCAAGGGACAGGCUCGAGGAGAUGCUGCGGUUCUACAAAGAAAAGGGCAUCAAGCCCGUGGUAGACCGAGUGUUCAAAUUUGAGGAGGGUAAUGAAGCACUGAAAUACUUAUACAGUGGCGGUCAUUUCGGCAAAGUGGUCGUUCAAGUCAAAGAGUAG